CAGUGAUGUCCUGCCAGCAGAACCAGAAGCAGUGCCAGCCUCCUCCCAAGUGCCCCUCCCCCAAGUGCCCCCCAAAGAGCACAGCACAGUGUCUGCCUGCAGCCUCCUCCUGCUGUGCUACAAGCUCUGGGGGCUGCAGUGUCCCCAGCUCUGAGGGAGGCUGCUUCCUGAGCCACCACAGGCGCAGGUCCCACAGAUGCAGGCGCAGGAGCUCCAGUUCCUGUGACCGUGGCAGUUCCUGUGACCGUGGCAGUUCCUGUGACCAUGGCAGUGGCCAGCAGUCUGGGGGCUCAGGCUGUGGCCACAGCUCUGGGGGCUGCUGCUGAUCUGGACAGUGCCAUUGGGAAAAGAAACAUUUUCAGAGUCAAGUCUAACAACCUUUGCCAACAUAAGGACCUCUUUCCCAGUUUUCCUGUUCCCUUUAAGAGCUGAGAUGUUUCUGUAAGCGAGCUCAGAUCUCUCCAGGCUCUUCCUGUUCUCUGCAUGCCCACACAGUAAGCACCCUGCUAUCUGGAGAGCUUGUUGAUAACUUCCCAGUCUGUUAUU